AUGUACGUCAAGAAGCAACAGGGCUUCGCUGAGUGCUCGGUGAACGUAAACUCUCCGAAUUUUCCGUCGCCUCAGCCGCUGCUGCUCAACCCGAACGCAGACAAGGACCUGAGCAGCUUCCUGGCGCCGGACGCACGCGGCGACAUCGUGGUCAGCGAGGGCACGCAGCUGCUGUUCGCCUGUCCUGACUCCGGGUUCAAGCUGAUCGACGCGCAGACUCUGAAUGCCACCUGCGUCUCCGGCACCGUCUUCAGCGUAGACGGCACCGCCUACACGAUCUCAGCACUCGCCUGCAAGAAGCUGCCUAGCGUCAGCGCUGUCGACACCAGCGCACAGUGCGAUGUCAACAAUGUCAAUGCAGUAAAGGUACAGAUCGGCUUCACGGUGGAGGAGGAGUUCUACAAACUGUACGAAGUGUGCUUCGACACGGAGAAGCUGACACCGUUGUACACAAAUGCCACCGUCGUCGCCGGCAUCAAGGGCUUCCAGGCCUCCUUCCCCAGACCCGAUCAAUGGCAGCAGGGCCAACUGUACGGCUCAGUGGACAUGUCAAACCAGUACAGGACUCAGCGGGACACCCUCGUGAAUCUGCUAGGUGCCACCCCCGAUAACUUGAGCAAGAACUACCUCAGCAGAGGACACCUGGCCGCCAAGGCGGACUUUGGGCUCGGUGUGCAGCAGUCGGCGACCUUCCACUACGCCAACUCGGCCCCACAGUGGUACGCCUUCAACUCCGGCAACUGGAACCAGCUGGAGCUGGACGUGCGCGACUUCGCCAGCAAGAACAACUUCGACCUUGAGGUGUACACAGGCACUUACGGUACACUGCAACUCGCGGACAAGAACGGCAACCAGACGGACAUCUACUUAUACGUAGGCACGUCGGGGAGGAAGGUGCCGGUGCCUAAGCUCUUCUGGAAGGUCGUCUACGAGCCGAAAUCUAAGCGGGCGAUUGUGUUCGUGGGCGUAAACAAUCCCUACCUCAGUUCCAGUAAGCUUCCAGAAGAGUACAGAUUAUGUAAGCAGGACUCCUGCAGAGUGAACUGGCUGCACUGGAAACCGACCAACCAGACGGCCGGCCGGGCUUACUGCUGCGAGUACGUGGAAUUCAAUGCCAAAGUGCCUUACCUUGACCUCGCGGUGGAGGGAACCUUUUCGCUGUCCGGCGCGGAGGCGACGUCGGCUCUUAAACUGAUGACCAUCACCUGCAGUGUGUGGCUGCUCGCAGAGGAGAGUUACCUACAGAAAAGUCUAGAGGAGGCACUGGAUGUAAACUCGCUGAUGAGGACCAUGAUUGCUAAACAACACUUUGAACUGAGACCUGUUAUACUCAUUAGACGAACUUACAGGACCAAAAAGCGGAAGAAAUACCGUGGAGAAUAUGCAGCAAUGUAG